GGAGGUGCUGCAGGUGGGCGCGGCCAGGUGAGCCCGGGGGCGCCGCCCGCCCUGCUCGCGACCCCGGCCGGAGCCGUCUGCUGGCGCCUCUUCGCCCCCGUUGCCGCUAGUGGCUGCUGUCGCUCCGUGGAGCCCAAGGAGACCGCGGCCAGAGCGUCCACCGCCCAAGAUGGUGGUUCCUGUGUCUCCUCUCCCACCCACGGAGCAGGAAUAAACUCUUCAGGCUUAGAUGGAUGGGCCCUGUUAGCCUGGCGGGCUGCCCCCAUCCUGCCUCCCCAUCAACUCCUCUUGUCAAGGGAGGUGCCUCUGUGUGGGGGGGAGGCAGGGGGGCAAGAGCAUUCAGGUGGGGGUUGGGAGUUCCUUGCUCAGAGAGCAAGAAUGGUGCCCCCAGGGAAGAAACCAGCGGGAGAGGCUUCCAACUCCAACAAGAAGUGUAAGCGUUACUUCAACGAGCACUGGAAAGAGGAGUUUACCUGGCUAGACUUUGACUAUGAGCGGAAGCUGAUGUUCUGCCUCGAGUGCCGCCAGGCCCUGGUACGGAACAAGCAUGGCAAAGCCGAAAACGCCUUCACUGUGGGCACUGACAACUUCCAGCGCCACGCCCUGCUGCGCCACGUGACCUCAGGAGCCCACCGCCAGGCUCUGGCUGUCAACCAGGGCCAGCCCCCUUUUGAGGGCCAGGCUGAGGGUGGAGGGGCCUGCCCAGGCCUGGCUAUGACCCCCGCCUCCAGGGGCGUCAAGGUGGAGGUAGACCCGGCCAAAGUAGCUGUGCUGACUACCGUGUACUGCAUGGCAAAGGAGGAUGUGCCCGACGACCGCUGCUCUGCCCUGCUCGAGCUGCAGAGGUUCAACCUGUGCCAGGCACUGCUGGGCACAGAGCAUGGCGAUUACUACAGUCCCAGGAGGGUGAGGGACAUGCAGGUGGCCAUUGCCAGUGUCUUGCACACAGAGGCCUGCCAGCGCCUGAAGGCAUCCCCAUAUGUGGGGCUGGUGUUGGACGAGACCAGAGACUGGCCGGAGUCACACAGCCUGGCCCUGUUUGCCACUUCGGUGUCCCCCUGUGAUGGCCAGCCUGCCACCACCUUCCUGGGCAGUGUGGAGCUACAGGAGGGCGAGGCCACUGCUGGCCAGCUCUUGGACAUCCUGCAGGCUUUCGGCGUAUCUGCACCCAAGCUGGCCUGGCUCAGCUCAAGCCUCCCCAGUGAGCGCCUGGGGAGUGUGGGCCCACAGCUCCGGGCCACUUGCCCACUGCUGGCAGAGCUGCACUGCCUCCCUGGCCGCACAGAUCCUGAGCCCCCCGCCUACUUGGGUCAAUAUGAGAGCAUAUUGGAUGCCCUAUUCCGCCUCCAUGGUGGUCCUAGUUCCCACUUGGUCCCUGAGCUCCGGGCAGCACUGGACCUUGCAGCUAUUGACUUGGCAGGGCCUCGGCCAGUGCCCUGGGCCUCCCUGCUGCCUGUCGUGGAAGCAGUGGCAGAGGCCUGGCCUGGCCUGGUGCCCACCCUGGAGGCUGCAGCCCUUGCCUCACCUGUGGCGGGGUCACUGGCCCUGGCCCUGCGCCAAUUCACCUUCGUGGCCUUCACCCACCUGCUGCUGGAUGCCCUGCCCUCUGUGCAGAAGCUCUCCCUUGUCCUGCAGGCAGAAGAGCCGGACAUGGCCUUGCUACAGCCCCUGGUGAUGGCGGCUGCGGCCUCCCUCCAAGCUCAGCGCGGCUCAGGUGGGGCCCGCCUCCAGGGCUUCCUGCAGGAACUGGCAUCCACGGACCCUGAUACCAGCAGCGGGCGCUGCACCUACCGCGGCGUGGAGCUGCUCGGUUACUCAGAGGCUGCGGUCCGGGGCUUGGAGUGGCUCCGGGGGUCCUUCCUGGACUCCAUGCGGAAGGGCCUACAGGACUCCUACCCCGGGCCUUCGCUGGACGCCGUGGCCGCCUUCGCGGCGAUCUUCGACCCCCGCCGCUACCCUCAGGCGCCGGAGGAGCUGGGCGCGCAUGGCGAGGGGGCGCUGCGGGUGCUGCUGCGCGGCUUUGCGCCUGCCGUGGUGCGCCAGCGGGCGCUAGGCGACUUCUCGCUGUUUAAGCGCGUGGUGUUCAGCCUUGGGCGGCUCGGCCCGCGGGCCUUGUGCACUCAGCUGGCGUGUGCGCACUCGGAGCUGCACGAGCUCUUCCCCGACUUCGCUGCCCUAGCCGCCUUGGCUUUGGCGCUGCCCGCGGGCGCUGGCCUGCUGGACAAGGUCGGCCGCAGCCGGGAGCUGCGGUGGUGGGGGCAGAGCGGGGCCGGGGAAGGCCGGGGGGGCCACGUGGUGAAGAUCGCAGUGGAUGGGCCCCCGCUGCACGAGUUUGACUUUGGGUUGGCUGUAGAGUUCUUAGAGAGUGGGUGGGGAGAAGGCUUCCUGGGGUCGCAGCUCACCUGAGGGUGGCCUCCUCCUCUUGGCCCAGCCAGCCUGGGGCCUUUAGGGCCAACCUAGACUUGACCAUGCUGCACCCAAGAUGAUCUGCUGACUGUGGCCUCCCAGGGGCCUGAGGCCACCCACCCACCCUUCUGGAGCUUCCCACCAACCCCACCCUGUAGGCUGUGGAGGAAGGGACUGGCUCAAGAGGAGCCUGGGCGGGUGGGCAGAGAUGCUAGGAUCUGGGGCACCCUAAAUCAUUCCUGGCCUUUACACAGUUAGAUGAGGAGUAGCUCACCCUUUUUCCUUCUGGAUUCGGCCCAAGUUUGGGCUCCCCCCCAUAUAUGGCAGUUCUUGGCUUGGGGGAGGAAGACUAGGUCUUGGGAAUUGAGUGGCUGAGGGAAGGGACACUGGUCCUUGGCUGUUGCUUUCUUUUUCUUUUUUUGAGAUGGAGUCUUGCUCUGUCGUCCAGGGUGGAGUGCAGUGGCACAAUCUCGGCUCACUGCAACCUCUGCCUCCUGGGUUCAAGCAAUUCUCCUGCCUCAGCCUCCCGAGUAGCUGGGAUUACAGGCGCCUGCCACCACGCCCGGCUAAUUUUUAUAUUUUUAGUAGAGACAGGGUUUCACCAUGUAGGCCAGGCUGGUCUCGAACUCCUGACCUCAAGCGAUCCACCUGCCUCGGCCUCCCAAAAUGCUGGGAUUACAGGCGCGAGCCACCGCACCCUGCCCUUGGCUGUUUCUUAGUCCCACUCCUGGCAGUGUCUAUUCUCUUCAGCUAUGACUGGGGAGUAGAUGACAGUGCUUGUUUCUGACACACAGCACAGUGUCCUCUCUGUACACAAGCUGGUGGUUCAAGGGCCAGUGGUUCCAGCGAGACAGUGUUUCCCUUCCUCCCCUCCUCGCCAAUGGGCUGCCUCAGGCCUUUUCUGUGUAUAACUGUGUAUAUAGACAUAAAACCUACAAAUGUGAAAUAAACCUAUGCUAUCUUUCAUAGUGUUACCACACAAACAUCUAAAAGGACUACUUUUGGUUUUGCAAUGACAGGGUCCAAAAAUGCCCCAGAUGGGCUGGAUUUAUUUAUUUUUUCUAAUUUUUUAUUCCCCAAAGUCCAGUUGCUCUCCAAGUUCCUACCCCUCCCCUGCCCUUGCCUCAGACCUUUAAGACCAAAGACUGCAAAUCCACAGUGCUGUACCUGCUGCCUCCGAAGACUGGCCUCAAGGCCCAACCCAGGGACGCUGGCUUAUUUGCCUCCUGGGGGAAGCAGUUUAGACCUCACCAGAGCUGGGGAACACAUCCCUUCAGAGCCCAUGGGUUUCCCAUUCCCUCCUGUCAGCCCUGGCUGUGAAAGCCUGGGGAUCUGGAGGGAGGGAGGAUAGUUAGAGAGUGAGAGGGGCGAGAGCUGGCCUUUUCCUAAUACCCCUGGGUUUGAGUUUAAUUUGCAAUAAAAUGGAAUCCCAGCACAUCA